AAGGAAGGUUUGUCAGGAAAAUUGUUGGUGAGAUCACUAGGAAACUGAAGAACACAUACUUAGCCAUAGCCCCAAACCCAGUUGGAAUAGAUUCUCGCGUGCAAGAAAUUGGUAACUAUUUGGAUGUUGAAGGAUCAUAUGAUAUUCGCAUAAUUGGAAUUUGGGGUAUGGGCGGACUGGGUAAAACGACGGUUGCCAAAUCCAUUUUCAACCAAUAUCAGGGUAUGUUUCAAUGUGCUAGUUUUCUUGCUAAUGUGAGAAAAGAUAAGAAACUGGUUGAUUCGCAAAACACACUUCUUUAUGAUGUAUUGAGAUCAGGAAACAUAAAGGUUAGUAGAGCUGAUGAAGGGACUGAGGAUAUAAAAAGAAGACUUGGCAACCUAAAGGGUCUUGUCAUAAUUGAUGAUGUAGACAGCGUGGACCAGUUAGAUGCAUUAGCUAUAGAACGUGACUCGUUUGGUCAAGGAAGUAGAAUUGUCAUAACAACAAGAAAUGAACAUUUGCUAGAGGCACUAAAACUGGAUAAGAUAUGUCAUCUACCAGCAAUGAAUAAAGAAGAAUCUCUUUAGCUCCUUAGUUGGCAUGCCUUUAGUAAGAAUUAUCCUAAUGAAGAAUAUGUUCAAGUCUCAAAGGAAGUUGUUGAAUACUGUGGGGGUUUGCCACUCGCACAUCAAGUUUUAGGUACUUAUCUACGUGCAAAAAGCAUAAGUGAAUGGAAAAGUGCAUUGGGUAAAUGGAAAAGAUCGCAGCCUUGUUCAGCAAUUCAAUAAAGGUUUAAGAUAAGUAAUGAUGGGCUAAUUGAUGGCGAUGUGAAAUCUAUGUUCCUUGGUAUAUCCUGUUUCUUUAUUGGAAUGAACAAGGACUAUGUCAUGAAAAUACUGGAUCAACAUGACUGUAAUACAACAAUAGGAAUUAGGGAACUGCAUGACCAAUGCCUUGUAACUGUUGAUACAGAAGGCAAUCUGAUGAUGCAUGGUUUGAUUCGUGACACUGGCAAAGGAAAUUGUACGUGAAAAAUCCCCAGACAUCCUUGGAAAGCGUUGUAGAUUGUGGGAUCACGAAGAUGUAAAACACGUAUUAAGGACCAAAACUGUAAGUACAUUCGCAAUCAAAUUGCAUAUUAAAUGCAUGUUCAUAGUAAAGGAGAAUUUAUAUGCAUAUCCCACAUCUAAGAAAUUGCAUGCUUUGAAUGUGUCAAGAGUACAACAUACAUUAUACAAUGCAUUAAUUAGGUAUAGGUUCAAUGAACAGAGA